UGUGUCAGUGUUGUGAGAUCUGAACAUUUGCUGUGUGCGUCGGACGCGUCUCGCAUUGCUGUCAGUGCUGAGGGUUUGAGACUCUUCCCUUCGGACGCUUACAUCAAUGCGGAUUUGUCUUCCUUUUUAGGGUUUGAAGCCGUUACGAUAUACGUGAUCACGCACGCUCGUGUCGUGUUAUGUCUUGAGGACGCAGUCUGCAUUCAUCUGAAUUAUAGUGUGUUGUUGACAGCAGCAGGAGGAUCAUAAUGAUGUGUGAGGAGGAGCUGAUGUUCAGUAUGGAGGAGGUGGUGGGGCUCUCUGAAGACUCCAGUAAUAACAGAUGUGUGAAGAGUCGAGUGUGUUUUGAGGAUGAUGAGGAAGAUGAUGAAGAUGAGCUGUUUAUCUGUCCCAUCACCGAUGACCCCGUACACCCAACCAAAGACCCCUGUGAGCGCCAAAACCACCACCACCACCAGCAGCAGCAGCAGCUGUCUGACUCUGUGCCCAAAAACUCCUUCACGUACAGGAACACAAAUGGAGAGGUGUGUGGCUCUUUAACUGAGAGAGGUCGGGCCACAUGGAAACAUGCCAUAGAGAAAGCCAAAGCCAUGCCUGAUCCAUGGGCUGAGUUUCAUCUGGAGGAGAUGGAGACGGAGAGGUGUAUUCGCUACAGAUAUAACGCUGUUACUGCUGAAUGGGCAAAGGACGAAAUAUUCAUUAAGAUUUCCACUCAGUCUUUUGGGAAAGGAGCCAUGAGAGAAUGCUUUAGAGCGAAGAAGUUGUCGAACUUUUCUCACCGCAGUAACUGGAAAUCUGCCUCAAACUAUGUAACUAAGAGUUAUAUGGAGACUGUGGGCAGAGAGGUUUAUUUUGAGGACGUUAAGUUACAGAUGGAAGCAAAAUUAUGGGGUGAGGAGUUCAAUCGCCACAGACCUCCAAAACAGGUGGACAUCAUGCAGAUGUGUGUUGUGGAAAUGAUCAAUCGUCCUGGAAAGCCUCUGUAUCACUUGGAGCAUUACAUUGAGGGAAAGUACACCAAAUAUAACUCCAACUCAGGCUUUGUGAGGGAUGAUAACAUCCGUCUGACGCCGCAGGCGUUUAGUCAUUUCACAUUCGAGCGCUCUGGACAUCAGCUGAUCGUGGUGGAUAUUCAGGGUGUUGGAGAUCUCUACACCGACCCUCAGAUCCACUCUGAGAAGGGAACUGACUUUGGAGAUGGCAACUUGGGUGUGCGUGGCAUGGCUCUUUUCUUUCACUCUCAUCUGUGUAAUAAGAUCUGCAGGAGUAUGAGUCUCGCUCGCUUUGAUCUGUCUCCAGCUGAAAGCGCUCAACUCGACAGCACCAACAAACUGCUGCAGUCGGCUCAGACGGUUCUCCGGGGAUGUGAGGAACACUGCGGUUCUCCCAGGGUUAGGACCGUGUCACUCGGUCACAUGCCGCUUCUCCUGUCCCGUCUGUCAGAGACCUCAUCACUGGACGAGAACAGCGACACAGACUCAGUUCCAUGUUCUCCUUUGAGUGUUGGUGUCUCUAUGUCUCUAGGCCGCUCGCCUAUGGGCUGGUCCUUUAUGAAGGAACACACGAAUGCGGAUCAUCAGGAGUCAGAGAACGGAGGAGACAGCGGUUGUCCCAGUGAGAGACGUAGUGAAGGAGACGCCGCUGAACAUCACCUGCCACCGCAGGGUCGUCCUCCUAACAGCAGACAUUUCUCUGAAUCGGAUGAAGACAGUGUUCGUCGGUUGACAGAAGAGAAGUGGACGUUUUAUCACUCGUCACGCUCACACAUACAUCGAGCGUCAUGUGUGGCGAUGGAGGUGGAGAGACUCAACUCGAUGCUUGUUGAGAGAAAAAUCGGUAAAUCCAUCCUUGGCAAGGUUCAUCUGGCUAUGGUGCGGUAUCACGAGGGCGAGCGCUUCUGUGAGAAAGAUGAAGAGUGGGAUCAGGAAUCAGCUCUCUAUCAUCUGGAGACGGCCGCUAUGUGUGGAGAACUGGAGGCUAUCGUCGCUCUCGGCCAGUGUUAUCUUCAGCUUCCACAUCACAUUCUACCUGAGAUUGAGUUACACGCGUCUGAGGACAACAAGAAGAAAGGUUUCCGUUUUCUGCUGCAGGCCGCUGAGGCCGGAGACAGACCCAGCAUGAUUCUAGUGGCACGAAUGUUCGACACGGGUCUAAACCUUCCUUCUGACAGGACUAUGGACUGGUUGCACGCUGUGCACUGGUACGACUGCGCUCUUAAGAUGACCGACUACGACGAGGGCGGAGAGUUUGAUGGGAUGCAGGAUGAGCCGCGAUAUCUUCUGCUGGCUCGAUUGGCUGAGAUGUACCAACAGGGAGGUUUUAACCUGAACGCAGACCCUCAGAAAGCAGGUGAUUUUUUCAAUGAAGCAGCGGAUGCCGCUAUGGAAGCUAUGAAGGGUCGACUGGCCAAUCAGUACUACAUGAAAGCGGAGGAGGCGUGGUCUAUGAUGGAGGAAUGAAGCUGCUGAUUUGCUGAGAUGGAUGGAUGAUACUUUGCACCCGGCUUGUGUUUACAUGAUCUUUCUCUUUACCUUUAGAAUGCUUUUCUUGAGUCGGGCACAUUGACUUGAGAAGUUUUCUUGAAUGUGACAGAAACAAGGAUUCUAUACUGAGGUGCUACACUAACAAACUCUCUGGGUUUACUUUUAACAAUUAAAUAAAUUCAUCAUAAAUAAAUAAAUAAAGGUUGAAUUAUAAUAAAUACAGGUAAUAAUAUCAUGUCUCUAUAAAGGCUGACUGGAGGUCUUGACCUUUCAAAUGGUUUAAUGUUAACGUGUUUGAUUUUUAUGACUGUUUGACCUCAAAAGCUGUUUUAAUGUCAGAAUUCACCCUGAGUCAAAAGUGAACUGUUGUGCAUGCGACUUGUUUUUAAUCAUUUGUUUUAGAACAACAGUGGAGAAAAUAAAUAAAUAAGCUUUUAUCUGUUGUA